ACUCGUGCCCAAAUGAGAAACGACAUGUCGAUGAGAAAGUUAUUUCUUCACCCGUUCAAACUUUAAACGGAGAGGUUUUCUUCUUCAUCUGAAUUUGCUGUUCCGCGGGCUCUUUCGCUGCGACUCUUCGUCUUCCUUCCUGAUUCCCAGGCUUGGUUUGGAUUGUGCGUAUUGGCGUGCCGGAUUUGUUAGUUUUAAGUAAUUUCUAGUCUCUGACCUUGCAAAGGCAGGGUCUUUAACUGAUAUUUGCAACUAUUUCGACCCAGUGCCAUGAGUGACUCGUCUUUGUACGAUCCAAUCGAACUCGAGACCACUACGUUUGAUCUUAUUGUUGUUGGGACAGGCCUCCCUGCAACAAUAAUUGCCGCUGCGGCCUCUGCUUCUGGAAAAACUGUCCUCCACCUUGACCGGAACCAUUUUUAUGGCAGCCAGUUUGCCUCUCUUCAACUUGAUGAGCUCACCUCCUUCAUAAAAUCGCAUGCUACCCCGCCCUCCACCAUUGUUGGUACCAGCUCUACAAGUAGUAGCCUUGAUUACACUGCCUUAGAUGUCACCCUCCGAUCAGUAUACUCCAACAUUAAGACUGCCAACUAUGCCCCAGAAAUCCUUGCAAAUCAGUUCUCAAAGUUCCUUAUCGACCUUGGCGGGCCUAGGGUUUUGUUUUGUGCUGACAAAGCCAUUGACCUUAUAGUUAAAUCAGGCGUGGGCUCGUAUUUGAGCUUCAAGAGCAUUGAUGUGAGCUUCAUUUGUGAUGAGAGUGGGCGAUUAUCCAGUGUGCCAGACUCUCGAUCAGCAAUAUUUAAAGACAAGAGCUUGAGUCUUAUAGAGAAGAAUCAGUUGAUGAGGUUCUUCAAGCUUGUUCAGCAGCAUUUGGCAGCCUCUGCUGGCGAUGAUGGAGGGAAUGAAAAUGCAAAGAUUUCAGAGGAGGAUUUGGAGAGUCCCUUUGCUGACUUCUUAAAGAGGAUGCGGUUGCCACCCAAGAUUAAAUCGAGUAUUCUGUAUGCCAUUUCCCUGGCAGAUGACGAUCAGGACAACUCGGAAGUCUGUAAAACUGUACUUAAGACAAGAGAAGGGAUGGAGCGUUUAGAUCUCUACCAAAAAUCGGUUGGAAGGUUUCCAAAUGUGCCUGGGGCUUUGCUUUAUCCACUUUAUGGUCAUGGUGAGAUAUUACAAGGCUUUACCCGUCGUGCUGCUGUUAAAGGUUGCAUCCAAGUUCUGCGAAUGCCAGUGACUGCCCUGCUUAUGGACAAGCAAACUGGGCAAUACAAGGGUGUUAAAUUAGCUUCAGGCGAGGAAAUAUUUAGUCAUCAGCUGCUUUUGGAUCCAACCUUGACAGUCCCAUUGCCACCUGCUUCAUCUUCACCAAAUCUGGAAGAAACUCUUCAAGUUUUAAGUUUGAAAGGUGAUAAAAGAAAGGUGGCCAGGGGAAUAUGUAUUACGACCAGUUCCUUGAAGCCAGAUGUAUCAAAUUGCUUGCUUGUGUAUCCUCCUAGACUUUUAUUUUCUGAGCAGGAUACUUCAAUCCGGGCUAUCCAGAUAGGUGGCGGUUCGGACAAACUGGCUGUUUGUCCGUCAGGCAUGUUUGUACUGUACUUCUCUGGUUUAUGUGAUGAUGCUGAACACGGGAAAAGGUUGCUACACGCGGCAAUGAAUGCACUUCUCACACUUCCUGUUUCUGCAAAUCAUGAAAGUGGUUCCGCCGUUCAAAGUGAAGAUGCAGAUGUAAAACCGACACUACUUUGGAGUACGUUAUACAUUCAGGAGCUCACAACAGCGCACAAUGGUGAAUGUGAAAACAUCUUCUUCACUCCCAUGCCGGAUGGAAAUCUUAACUACAAUGAUCUUGUAGAUUCAACUGUUGCGCUUUUCCAGAAGAUGUAUCCAGAUGAGGUACUCUUUGCGGAGACACCCUCCUCGCCCGUGGAGCCUGAUAAUCUGGAGGAUGAUACCGAGCUUAGUCUAGAUAGCUAAUGCCGGUUUGUCGGACUCAAGUCAGUGUAUACUGUACACUAGGGGCACUAAAGCAUCCCCACAACGCUUUGCCACCUGAAUUUGCAGAUGUGGAAAUAGGACUUGUAGCAUCUUGUACACUAGAAACAAGAAAUUAGUGUCCUUUUUAUGCUUCCAAGAAACUUGCAUAUCCCUACGUACAUUGUGUCAUAGAUUUUGUUUCCAAGACAUUUUGGCUAUCAAUUUUGUCGACAACAUUGUUAUUGGUUUUUCUCUAUAUUUCGAAAAUGAUACAGUAUUUUGGAAA